UAAUUAACCAUUAUGAGUUGAAUAAUUAAUUGAAUGAAGAAAACAACCACACUAACCUUUUUUACUGGAUAGUGUAUGAAAACAGCUGACUGAUUUAUUUUCAUAGGCCUAAGCAGACGAUAUUUUUAAAAUAACCUAUACCUAGUUAAUUUCCUAACAAAGUAUACUAACUUUGUCUUGUCCUAUCUUGUCUAACGAAUUGGCUGCCCUGGACGGCUAUCUAGAUGGCCCAAUGGAUGUGCCUCUGUCUAGGUUUUAAUAUAAAGAGAACAAAGAAUCAUUCCAUGAGAAACUGUAUGACUUAAAAUGGUGAUAUAUAAACUCCCUGCUUGUUUUUUUCCAACGACUCUUGGAUUAUGGUUCAGAUUGACACAUACAGCAGCUUCCAGAAGUCCACUACAGAUAAUUCCUGAUGACACACCAAGGAGAGCACUGAUGUAUUGUCCUGGUGAUGACAUGAGGAAGAUUAAUAAAGGAAUCAAUAGCAAAGCCGACUGUAUUGCUCUUGAUUGUGAAGAUGGAGUGGCAAUAAAUCGGAAGAAAGAGGCGAGGGCCACAAUAAGAAGCGUGUUAGAUGCAGGAAACUUGCCAAAGAGACCUGAGGUUGGUGUCAGAGUCAAUGCUGUGGACAGUGGUCUCUGUGAGGAUGACUUAUCUGUCAUAUUAUCUGCUAGCAAUCCUCCUGCUGCAUUAUACCUGCCCAAGGUAGAGUCCAGGGACAACUUAUUAUGGUUUGCUGAGAAACUGGACAAGUAUUUGGUCCAUAAUGUGACUGUAAAGUUGGUGAUCUUCGCAGAAUCGGCCAGAGCAAUCAUGGAUCUUCCAGAAAUCUGUAAAGCCGCAAUGGAGUUAUCUCAAAAUCACAAGCUUGUACCAGUCGGACUGGUCUUUGGCAGUGAUGACUUAUGUGCCAGUAUCGGAGCAGCAAGGAGUGUGGAUGGGGGUGAGAUCAUGUAUGCAAGACAGCGGCUGGUUUUGGUUGCCAAGGCAUUUGGACUUCAGGCUGUUGAUAUGGUUCAUAUUCAGUAUAAAGAUCUGGACUCUCUGAGGCAGCAGAGUGAGGCAGGUGCCAGGCUUGGUUAUACGGGCAAGCAGGUGAUACAUCCUGAUCAGAUAGAGAUUGUGCAGAAGGCGUUUCUUCCCAGCAGAGAGCAGCUGCAGUGGGCUAGAGAUGUAGUGGAUGGCUUCCGUGCCAGUCAGCAGCAGGGCAAGGGUGCUUUUGUCCACGCUGGCAGUAUGGUGGACAUGCCUUUGCUACGGCAAGCAGAAAACAUUAUUAGGCUGUCAGGAAUUGAUCAGAACAGUUGAAAGUUAACAUCAUCGAGAGUUUGAGCUUAUUACUUUCUGUGUUAUUGCUGAGAAAUAUUUUAUUGUAUAAAUAUACUGAGUUCAAUAAAGGAUUAUCAUUAAAA